AUGUCUGAUAAGACGUUUGUUCCUCCUAAAGGGUUUCAAGACAGGGCAGCGGCCGAUGCAGCUGGGAAGAUCUCUCAGGAGAAGCGCAAGCAAAACAAGCAAGAGGCAAAAGUUGAGAGGGACAAGGCAGCGGCAGAAGCAGCCGGCAAAAGUUCCCAGGAGAAGCGCACGGGAAACAUUUAUGAUAUGUACAAACGUUGA